ACCGCGGCGCAGGACGAUCCAACAGCCUCGCGGCUGGCAGGCAAAACUUAGCUCCGGCUGCAGCCUCCCCGCUGCAGCCCUUGACCUCGCCCUGACCUUUGACCUCUCCCUCGCCCUUGCCCUCUGGGCGCCUUGGGUUCCUCCUGGAUGUCCCUGUCCCCGGCCCAGACCUCCUGGGCUUUCGGGUCGCCCCCUCCUCGCUGGACGGGGCCGGGCUGGGCUCUGCUCGGAGCAAGUUGGGAAACUGAGGCGGCGCUGCGCGAGGACCGGUUGUCCGUCCGAGGCGGGACCCCGAAGCUGAGCAGAUAGCCAGGACGACGCCCCCCCCCCACCUCCGCGGCUGGGCCAGAGGGCCUUUCAGGGGGCCGACCUGGGGGAGCUGCAGGGGGCUCCCUGCCAGGACAAAGUUCCCAAGGAAGGGGCUCUGAAACCGGACGGGGUGUGGACAAGCGGCCUUCCAGCAUGGCUCUAAACCAGGGGGCUCCCCACCUGGACCAGGGCUCCCCAUGCCCCCCUGCCCCGUGCCCAGAGUUCCUAUAAUGGGGAAAUCGGAAAGUCAGAUGGAUAUUGUGGAGAAAGCAGCCAGGCCCGGGCGGAGAUCAUGGAGUUGGCUGGAGCUGGGACUGACCGUCUUGGCGCUGCUCAUGGCGGGGGCACUGGUGGCGCUCGGAAUCCUGUACGUGGACAGCAGAGGGGGUCCAGUGAGACAGUUUUCUAUUCCACGUUGGGUCUCAAGCCAAGAGGAGACCACUUUGAGGCGAGAAGCCCGAGAGUCGCAGGCAGCCCCCGAUCUGGGAGCCGUGUGCCUCAGCCCCGGCUGUGUGGUAGCAGCCUCCAGGAUCAUCCAGAACAUGGACGCCGCUGCCGAGCCAUGCCAGGACUUCUACCAGUACGCCUGCGGUGGGUGGUUGGACCGGCACGUGAUCCCCGAAGCCAGCUCCAGGUACAGCAUCUUCGACACCCUCCGGGACCAGCUAGAGGUCAUCCUCAAAGGUGUGCUGGAAGCGCCCGACCAAGGAGACAGAGAAGCGAUCCAGAAAGCAAAGACGCUGUAUAAGUCCUGCAUGAAUGAGAGUGUCAUAGAGAAGCGGGACUCCUGCCCGCUCCUGGAGGUCCUGGCUGAGGCCGGGGACUGGCCGGUGGCUACGGACGACUGGAAUCGCACUAAAGCCCCCAACUGGACGGUGGAGGAGAAGCUGGCACUGAUGAAUUCCCGCUUUAACAAGCGUCUCCUCAUCGAUCUGUUUGUGUGGAACGACGACCGGGACUCCAGCAGAUACAUCAUCUAUAUCGACCAGCCCACCUUGGGGAUGCCCUCCCGGGAUUACUACUUCAACGGCGGCAAUUACCAAAGGGUAAGGGAGGCAUACCUGAGCUUCAUGAUCGCCAUGGCCACAAUGAUCCGCGGCGAUCUGAACCUGACCCGUGAUGACCAUUUUGUCCAGGAGGAGAUGACCCGUGUGAUGGAACUGGAGACUGACAUCGCUAACGCAACUGUCCCCCAAGAGGAGCGGCACGAUGUCACCCUGUUGUACAAUAAAAUGACCCUUCCGGAGCUCCAGGAGAAGUUUGCCCUGAAGGACUUUAACUGGACCCUCUUCAUCCAGGGGGUCAUGGCAUCUGUUGGUGUCCAGAUCCACCCCCAGGAGGAGGUGGUGGUGUAUGGGGCCCCCUACCUGCGGGAGCUCCAGGCAAUCAUUACCAGCUACUCCGCCAGUACCAUCCAGAACUACCUGGUCUGGCGCCUGAUCAUCGACCGGGUCGGUAGCUUGAGCCGGAGGUUCAAGGAUGUUCGAGCCAACUACCGCAAGGCCCUGUAUGGAACCACGGUGGAGGAAGCUCGGUGGAGAGAGUGCGUGAGCUUCGUCAACAGCAACAUGGAGAAUGCGGUCGGUGCCCUCUACGUCAAGGAGGCCUUUGCUGGGGAGAGCAAGAAGAUGGUCAAAGACCUCAUCGACAAAAUCCGUGAGGUGUUCAUCGAGACCCUGGAGGAGCUUCAGUGGAUGGACGAAAAGUCCAAGAAGAAGGCCCAGGAGAAGGCCCUGGCCAUUAGGGAGCAGAUUGGCUACCCGGACUACAUUUUGGAAGACCACAACGACAAGCUGGACUGGGAGUAUUCCAAUUUAAACUUCACAGAGCAAAGGUUCUUUGAGAAUGUGCUGGAGAGCCUGAGAGCCAGCGCCCAGAAGAACCUGAGAAAACUGCGGGAACAGGUUGACCGAGAUGUGUGGAUCAUUGGGGCAGCUGUGGUCAACGCUUUCUACUCUCCAAACCGGAAUCAGAUCGUCUUUCCGGCCGGGAUCCUCCAGCCUCCUUUCUUCAGCAAGCAGCAGCCACAGGCCCUGAACUUCGGGGGGAUUGGAAUGGUGAUUGGACACGAGAUCACGCACGGCUUCGAUGACAACGGCAGAAACUUCGACCAGGACGGGAACAUGCUGGACUGGUGGAGCGGCUUCUCGGCGGAGCACUUCAAGGAGCAGUCGGGCUGCAUGGUCCAGCAGUACGGGAACUACACCUGGGACCUGGCCGGCGGGCAGAACGUCAGCGGGAUCAGCACGCUAGGAGAAAACAUUGCCGACAAUGGAGGCGUCCGACAGGCUUACAAGGCUUACCUGAAAUGGCUGGAGCGAGAAGGGGAGGAGCCCAGGCUACCGGGCCUCAACCUGACGCAUAAACAGCUUUUCUUCCUCAACUUUGCCCAGACCUCGCCCCCAGGUCUGGUGCGGCUCUUACAGGCCGGAAUAUGCCAUCCAGUCCAUAAAGACGGAUGUCCACAGCCCCCUCAAAUACAGAGUGGUUGGAUCCUUGCAGAACUUUGAGGCUUUCUCAGAUGCCUUCCACUGUCCAAAGGGCACAGUCAUGCACCCCCCAGAGAAAUGCCGAAUCUGGUAACCACAGAGCACCGUGGCCCAGACGUACCAGCCCGGCUCCAACCCCUGCUGCUCCGGGAUCCAAGCCCUCAAGAGAACUUGAGACAUUCAACUUUGCUCCUUCCCCUUGGGGAGAGGGUACCCCAGAACCUUGACUCUAGAAGCGGCCAGGCCGGACCGGAUCCCGUUGAGCAGCACAGAGAGAUGUUCAGAGAGACUGUGAACAUCCUGGGGUGGGGCGGUGGCCCAGGACCCCCAGAUUUUACUCCAGCACCACUGCUGCCAGGCCAUGAGGACAGGAGGAGCCGGUGUUCAACAGGGCCUUUGACGGGGGCUUGGACAACUGUAGUGUCCUCUACGAGAGGCUCCGGGCCUCCCCACCCCAGCCUUGAUCUGCACCACAUUGACUGAUUUUCCACUGUGGCUGAAUGUUCCAAGACUUCAUUUCCCAUGGAGCUCGCUCUUCUGUGCCCAACGUCGCUCUGCUGGCCUGCCCCCUGCCCCCACUGUGCUCCCAGCCCACAGGCGGCUCUGCUUCGGCCGGAGAAAUCUGGCCCUUCCACACCCCCACCUUUUUUCCGGUGUAUCCUGUGACUAUCAGAGAGACUACUGCUGAUGGAAGCUAAGUAAAAUGGGAAAGAGGUAUGGC